AUUCAAAAUUGUACGCUUGGAAAACAACAAAAGAUUAAUGUCUAUUAGAAUAUGCGGAGCAAUAGCACUGACUAUUAUUUCAUCGACAUUGUAUCAAUGGACACAAACACCGCAAAUUCCAAAAAACAAGUAGACAUAAAUAUUUGAAGAUGGAAGCCGUGAAAAAAGCAAAAGAACGAUUUAGAAAGUACCCAAUUGUCAUUGCGCAAUGCCAUGAAUCUGGAGCUAAGUAUGCUGCAUGUGUAUUAGCAAAGUCUAAUUUGCAAAAAGGCGACUGUGAAAGUGAGUUUAAGGAAUUUAAGACGUGCCUAAUGAGAGCUGCUGCAAAAAAUAAUACAAAACUAUAAAUAAGUAAAACUUUAUUUGUUAUAAAGAAUUUUUUAUUUAAGAAGAAUAUUUAAAUUCUUAAAAA